AUGCGGCGUAAAGAACCGAGUUCCAGCAGUUACCAGCAGGUACAGAGUGCAGGCCGCGGGAAGAGUUUGAUUUCAACGAGAACUAUGCAGCAGCAGCAACGCAAGUCACAGAGUACAAGGAGCUUGUUGCCAAGAAGCUAUUCCUCCCCAGCACCACAAAACGAUCCUGAUGCAACCCCUUCAACCGUACAAAGAGGUUACAUCAUAAGAAGUUACUCCACACCAGAUCCGAAGCAGAUGGACUAUAGGCGAAAUUCGGACUCUUUUUACAGACCUAAAAUGCAUGGGUCGAGGAGUGAACUAGAUUCCGAUCUGGAGAAUUUUGAGCAAUUUGAGGAAUGCUUUAUAGAUAUAGAUGCGGACCAAGAUGAGGGUUUGAUUACCCAGUACAAGAGCCCUGAGAGAGAGGAGCCUAGAAAAGUGGUGACAUCCAUUUUGCCUGGCAGUGGGUUGCAGCGUGUGUCUAUAAGGCCUAUCCAUUCUACUGCAACACAAACUCUUCAUAGUGCACGAGAUGUUAUGAAGAAAUUGCAGAGAGAUGACGGGAAAGGUCCCUCCCGCUUGAACUUCAGACCUCUUGUAGUAAAGAUGCCAGCUCGUCACAUGCUUCAGACAAACCCUGAUCCUCCAUCUCCAGGAGUGGAGGAACUGCAGUCGUCUCCUCAACUCGAGAUGGAAACUGCUGAGCUGGAUAGGGAACUGCAUAAUGCUGAACAGCAUUUGGAAAAAGGGGUGGCUAUAGCUACCGAAGAAAGCGAUGCAGACACGUUUUCCGCGGCGCAUGUCGUUUACGAGCAGCAGCGGUUUAUUUACUACGGCUACUCGGCGACGGACACGACACGUGCGCCUCUCACACUAUCAGCCUCUCGCGCGCACGAUAACAAAACAUUGCUCGCCGCAGUAACACUAGUAACUAAACAUUCACGGUAA